GGCCAGCCGACCCCGAGAGACGCCCGCCCCAGCCCCCAGGGGCGUGGGCCCCCGGGAGGCGGGUCCGGCCUGGGGGGCUGGGCCACCGCCGGGUUAAAGGCGGCUCCUUGUCGGGCCGCUGCUCCCGCCUCCGCACCCUCGCCCCGCUGUGAUGGCCUCGUCGCCACUCCUGCCGUUCCUGCUGUUCCUGCUGCUGCUGCUGCUGCUGCUAGCGCCGGAGGACCCCACGGCGGCGCGGGCGUCCCCGCUGGAAACACUCCCCGAGGGGGCGGCCGCCUGCAAGGCUGGGGGCCUGUGCCUGCAGAUGCCCCCCAGGAAGUCACAAGCGCCACCUGUCAACGUGAGCCUCUACUACGAGGCGCUGUGCCCCGGCUGCCGGGCCUUCCUGGUCCGAGAACUCUUCCCGACCUGGCUGAUGGUCCUGGAGAUCCUCAAUGUCACACUGGUGCCCUAUGGAAAUGCCCAGGAACAAAAUGUCAGUGGCAGGUGGGAGUUCACAUGCCAGCACGGUGAGCAGGAAUGCAAGCUGAACAAGGUGGAGGCCUGCCUGUGGGACCAGCUAGAGAAGAACUUGGCCAUCCUGACCAUUGUCUGCAUAGAGGAAAUGGAUGACAUGGAGAAAAAUCUGAAACCAUGCCUGCAGAUCUAUGCCCCAGAGGUGUCCCCGGACACCAUCAUGGAGUGCGCAAUGGGGGACCGUGGCAUGCAGCUCUUGCACGUCAAUGCCCAGCUUACAGAUGCCCUGCAGCCGCCCCACGAGUAUGUGCCCUGGGUCGUCGUCAAUGGGAAACCCCUGAAAGAUCCGAAUCAGCUCCUAAGCCUCGUCUGCCACCUGUACCAGGGUGAGAAGCCAGACAUUUGCCAACCCAUGGCCAGCUCCCAGAGGGAAGUCUGCUUCAAGUGACAGCUGGUGCCCAGGAAGGAGCUGCUAGAGGAACAGCAAAAGGGCACCUGUCCCUGUCUUUCCUGAUCGCUGACUCUCAGCAGCUGCUUCCCAUCAUCCAGAUAACUUCUACACAUUCCAUGAAAGCCCAGACUCAGAAUCCUGCCCCCAGAUCAAGCAUCUCGCCCCACUGAGAAUGGUGCUACAUUGAAACGAGUUUAAUAAACACUUCUGGAUUUUGUGA